AUGCUGUUCUCACCGUUGGGAUUGCUCGGAAUGGUGACGGUGGUGGCGCUGGCCGCCGGCACGCAGCAUCCGGACCUACCACCUCUGUCACCGCUCCAAAUGACCGCCAGAAAUGCGGAAGAGCUCUCUGCCAAGUACUGGGUGGAGGAGGCUCAGGCUGGACUCAAGUCCCGUCUACGACAAAAGAACAUCGAGGCCAAGGCGCGCAACGUGGUCAUGUUCCUGGGCGACGGCAUGUCCGUGCCCACGCUGGCCGCCGCGCGCACGCUGCUCGGACAGAGAGCCGGACAUACGGGCGAGGAAUCGCACUUGUCCUUCGAGGAGUUCCCAUCUGUUGGCCUAUCAAAGACGUAUUGUGUGGACCAUCAAAUAGCGGACUCCGCGUGCACGGCCACCGCGUACUUGUGCGGCGUGAAGAACAACUACGGCACCAUCGGAGUUUCAGCGGCGGUCCGGCGGCGGGACUGCGCCGCGUCGCUCGAGGAGGCCAACCAGGUCGCCUCCAUCGCAGAGUGGGCGCUGCAGGACGGCCGCGACGUCGGCAUAGUGUCGACGGCUCGUAUCACGCACGCGUCCCCGGCCGGCGCGUACGCCAAGGUGGCCGAUAGAAAUUGGGAGAAUGACAAUAGCGUCGUGGAAAAUGGACAGGAUCCGUUAGUGUGUCGCGACAUUGCACACCAGCUCGUACACAUGUAUCCUGGAAAUCAAUUUAAGGUAAUUUUGGGAGGUGGAAGACGUGAAUUUCUGCCAAAUACUACUCGUGACGAAGAAAAUACCAGAGGCAGAAGAACGGACGGGCGAAAUCUCAUCGACGAAUGGCAAGAAGUUAGGGCAUCACAAAAUGUUAGCUACAACUACGUAUGGAACAGAGAACAACUAUUGAAUAUUUCAGAAUCACUUCCGGAAUAUCUUUUGGGGCUGUUCGAAGGCUCCCACAUGGAAUACCACUUAGAGGCAGAUACGACUACGGAGCCGACGCUCACCGAGCUCACUGAAAUCGCAAUACGAUCUCUUAGUCGUAACGAGAAUGGUUUCUUUUUGUUCGUGGAGAGCGGGCGCAUCGACCACGGCCACCACAGCAACUACGCGCACCUGGCGCUCGACGAGACCAUCCACCUGCACGCGGCGGUGCAGCGCGCCACCGAGCUGCUGCCCGAGGAGGACUCUCUCGUGGUGGUGACCUCUGACCACUCUCACGUCAUGGCCAUUAACGGCUACACACCUCGUGGGAGCAGUAUUCUCGGCCGCUCCAAUUCACGGGGUGACGAUGGUGUACCAUACAUGACCAUCUCAUACACAAACGGCCCCGGGGCACGGGCCUACGUCGAUGGAGAUCGUUAUGAUGUCACAGGGGACAGUAACUUUGGUGAGUUGCGGUGGCGGAGUCACGCGGAGGUGCCGCGCAGCAGCGAGACGCACUCCGCCGACGACGUGGCGGUGUUCGCCCGCGGGCCGCACCACGCGCUCUUCUCCGGCGUGUACGAGCAGAGCCGCGUCCCGCACCUGAUGGCGUACGCGGCCUGCAUCGGGCCCGGCCUGCGCUACUGCGACGCACCCGCCCCUGUUAACACUCCCUAG